AUGCACGCGCUUCUCCAUGCGGCCCUCGUCAAGUUGCUAGUGCACUCGAUCCGCCAAGGACAUGUAGAAGGGAUUCGAUUAGCGAUCGAGAAGGCCGUGGAUGUCCGCUACGUUGACAAAAAGGGCCGCAACCUCCUGCAGCUUGCCAUCAAGCAAGACACAGCGACCCGUAUGCAAAUGUACGUGAUCUUGGCGGAUGCGGGAUGCGACAUCAACCACACAGACUUGCGCGGAUGGAGUUGCGUGCAUUAUGCAUGCGCCACAGGAGCUAGCGAUGUCUUGAUGGAUCUACUUCGACGGGACGCCGACGUCGCGCACAACCGAUUUGGCUACUGUGGUGAAAUUGACCUCCUCUUCCCGCGGAUUCUCCACGCACAGAGCUUGCUCCAGCACACCGAACAACUUACACACAACGACCAAGUCCACCAAUGCUGGUCCAUCUUCCAUCGACACAUACGUGCCGCGGGCUACAAUCUCCACACGCACACCGGCGCGCUUGUCCAUCCGUUCAAGUCUCCGUUGAAAGUCUUGUUCGUUGCUCCAGUCGAUCACAGCGCGCUCGACCGGAUCCGCGUUGUCGAUCUCCAUGCCGACCUCGCCAUUUGGCUGCAACUUUCCAAGACGUUCUUGGUACCACCAGGGUCGGUUGGGUCCAUUACUCUGGACGCAGAAAUACUGCAUCGCCCGUCUGUCUAUCGCAUCUACUACGAGCAGCAUGUAGCGACGCCGCUGCCCUUGCCACCGCACGCCCUGCGCGCCCUCGAGCACACGCUGUGCGUGAAAGACCUAGAUUCGGGAAGGACCGUGUCCGUGCAAGCCGCCAACGACGUUGUCCUGAGUGCCCUCAAGUCGAUGCGAUCCACUCAUGCAGACGUCGUGCUGUCCCCCGAGUCGGCCGCUCAAGAACUGUGCGUUCCGCUUGGUGGCAAUGCGGCCCAUCCAGACGACGGCGUCGAGUGGAGUGGUGUGCAUGACGUCGACAGCAACAUCGAGAGCUCUGCGUCGGCGUCGUCGGUCGAGUUUCCAGGCCCGGAUGCGUGUGAACAAGGGAUGUUGGGAGGAAUCUGCGGCGCGGAUGACGCGGUUUCUGGUUCGUACCGGUGCGUGGCCAUGCUGACCAUCUCGGUCGUGAUGCGAAAUCCACGGCAAACCAAACCCCGCGUCGAGGCAGAGCUGUCGUUGCAAUCCACCUCACACUACAACAUCACGGUAUCGUACACGGGGCACAUUGGGCUGACGCUGGAAGGGCUUCCAAUGGAUGCGACGACGCACAAGUUUCGCCUGGUCGUUGUCGACGUCACCGACGCGUUCGCCCAGCUGUACCCGCAAGUCCAGGUCGGGGAUCGUCUCGUGGCGCUCAACGACAACAACACAGAAUACGCCGGGCUAAAACACACGGUGUGGGAGCUCAAGGACGCUCGGCGGCCGCUCGUCCUGCAGUUCCAGCGGUCGAGUCCUCACGACAAAGUUGCACGACGCACCGGCCUGGUUGCGCGACUGCGGCAUGGCCCUGCCCCGGUCUUGGCUGCUUAA